AUGAAGAGGCUUCAAAUUUUUACCCUGUUUUUCCUGGAAGGGUUCUUCUUAUUAUUGUUACAAAUUCAUGGCAGUGCUGCUGCAACUCUUGUUGAAAAUGACAAGCAGGCAUUGCUGGAUUUUGCUGCAAAGCUUCCUCAUUUAAGGGCUUUGAACUGGAAUGAGCAAUUUCCAGUGUGCAAUUAUUGGACUGGAGUUGAAUGCAGUGAAGAUGGCUCAAGGGUAAUUUCACUGAGAUUACCUGGGGUUGGUUUUCAUGGACCUAUACCAGGGAAUACAUUGAGCCGCUUAUCAGCAUUGCAGAUCUUGAGCCUCAGAUCCAAUGGUAUUAAUGGGAGUUUUCCUUUGGAUUUUGGUAACCUUAGAAACCUUUCUUAUCUUUAUCUUCAGUACAACAAUUUUAAGGGUCCUUUGCCUUUGGAUUUCUCUGUGUGGAAGAACUUGACUGUUAUUAAUUUGUCUAAUAAUGGAUUCAAUGGCAGCAUUCCUUAUUGGAUUAUGCAUUUGAAUCAGCUCACUAGUUUGGAUCUUGCUAACAACUCACUUUCUGGUGAGAUUCCUGAUUCGCGUUUGCCAAAUUUGCAGUUUCUGAAUAUUUCAUACAAUAAUCUUAAUGGUGCUGUCCCCAAAUCACUUCAAAGGUUCCCAAAAUCAGUUUUUUUGGGUAAUAAUGAUUCUUUGUUGGAGUAUACUGUUUCCAGUUCUCCUAUUGUUUUGGCUCCUCGUGAUGAAAACCCUAAAAGUAAGAGUGUAGGAAAAUUGAGUGAAAGGGCUUUUCUCGAAAUAGUUGUAGCUGUUUCUGUUGUCGGGCUUCUUGGUUUUGGUUUUCUAUUGUUUGUUUGCUUUCUUAAGAGAAAGAAAGAGGAUGGUUUUCCUGGCAAAUUGGAAAGAGGAGGCAUGUCGCCGGAGAAAGCAAUUUCUCGGAGUCAAGAUGCGAAUAAUAGAUUGGUUUUCUUCGAGGGAUGCAAUUAUGCAUUUGAUUUGGAGGAUUUGUUAAGGGCUUCUGCUGAAGUUCUAGGGAAGGGCACUUUUGGAAUUGCUUAUAAGGCGAUACUUGAGGAUGCGACCACAGUGGUGGUGAAGAGGUUGAAGGAUGUGAGCGUCGGAAAGAGGGAGUUCGAACAGCAAAUGGAGGUGGUUGGAACCAUAAAGCACGAGAAUGUCAUUGAACUGAGGGCUUAUUAUUAUUCAAAGGACGAGAAGCUUAUGGUUUAUGAUUACUUCAGUCAAGGCAGUGUUGCUUCGAUGUUACAUGGAAAAGGAGGGGAAAAUAGGACUCAUUUGGACUGGGAAACGAGACUGAAGAUUGCCAUUGGUGCUGCGAGGGGUAUUGCUCGUAUCCAUGCAGAAAAUGGUGGAAAGCUUGUUCAUGGAAACUUCAAAUCGGCAAACAUAUUUCUGAAUUCUCGACAGUAUGGUUGUGUAUCAGAUCUUUGCCUAUCAACAAUUACAAGUGCAUUGGCUCCACGAAUUGCUCUUGCUGCUGGUUAUCGUGCUCCAGAACUUACAGACACGCGUAAAGCAACACAACCGUCUGAUGUCUACAGCUUUGGUGUGAUGUUACUCGAGCUCCUCACUGGUAAGUCCCCUGUCCAUACUACUAAUGGUGACGAGAUUAUACAUUUGGUACGAUGGGUCCAUUCAGUUGUUCGAGAAGAAUGGACUGCUGAAGUUUUCGAUGUGGAGCUGCUAAGAUAUCCAAAUAUAGAGGAAGAAUUGGUCGAGAUGCUACAGAUAGCUAUGGCAUGUGUGGUAAGAGUGCCCGACCAGAGACCAAAAAUUUUGGAAGUGCUCAAGAUGAUUGAAAAUGUUCGACAGAGGGAUUCUGAGAAUAGGCCAUCAUCUGAUAAUUCAACGCCUAUACCUCCGUCGCCAGGUGUUUGA